GACCUUUUGUCUUAGUGACAAGUGCUCCCUCUUAAGUCUCAUCAAAUUCCGGUUGCUGAAAACUGACUAACCGUGCGGACAUCUCGUGUGUGUGCAUGUGUACUUGAGUGAGCACUUCGUCGCUGCAAGCUGCAUGUAUACUUCUGCUGACACUAGUUAUUGCUGAGCUUUGUAGAUGUGAGUUGAAAGGAUUUUUCUGGAUCAAAAUUUGGACAUUUACAUCAUCUGCCCAAAUUCUCAACAUGCUGUACAUAUUCCUUGCAUAUCCUCAUUAGUAUUCGUGCACUUUAGAAUAUCCUUUCAUGCAAGAAGAAUACAUUCUCAGGUUUCAAACCGACUAAAAGUUGGGAGCUGUAACAGAGAUAGAUAGACAGUCGACAUCGAUACAAUCUGUAAAUCGAUUUCGAUAUAACUCCCGACGGUUCCGAAUACGUGUCGUAUCUUAGAGCUCGAUAGUUGUGCAGAGAUUGCUUCAGCUGAAAAAAAAACUUUACCAUCAAACUUCCCUGGCGCUGGUUGUUUUUCUGGAGAUCUCAUCAGAAAGCAGACAUUAGGAUGCCGCCUGUUUGGGACGCACAAGUUCCCACGCCGUAUGUCUAUAGACGACCUUCAGACGAGCUAAAGGAAUCUAUAGCUGAUUUGAAAUCUCAGUUGCAGUCGAAGUAUGUCGGGAAGAAUGGCGUGAUCAGCACCCAUAAUGAGCAGUCACCAAGUGUGAAUGGUAAAACUGACCCUGACGAUAACGAUAGAGUGUUGCAAGAGAUCAUCGUGGAAGGCUUGAGCAGAAAGUCUCGCAAAGAGGUCCCAUAUCGUUUUCUCUACGAUGACAGGGGAUCUGAGUUGUACGAGUCCAUCACCAAACUCGAGGAGUACUAUCCUUUUAGGGCGGAAAUUGAUCUGCUGGAUCAAUUUGUGGAAGAUAUCACAAACCAUAUUCCCGAUGGGAGUUUAGUCGUGGAGCUCGGUUGCGGGUCUGCGCUUAAGACAGCCCAUCUUCUCAAUGCUCUGGUGGCUCGCCAUGGGAGAUGCCGGUUCGUAGGAAUUGAUGUUUCCGAGUCUUUCCUGGACGAAGCACGCUGUAACCUGAUGCUCUUAGUGGAGGGCCAUCUGACGGUAGAUCUUGUGUCUGCUGAUUACAUCGAAGGCCUGAGACAAGUUAGAGCCAAGUAUCCGAAUGAUUCGCUGUGUGUCGUCUGGCUGGGCAGUGGAGUGGGCAAUUUUUCGCAGAAAGAUGCAAUUUAUUUCUUUGAGGAUGUUUCGAAUGCCGUGAAAUCACGCUGUCGGCUCUUUCUCUGUACCGACAUGUGGAAGAAGGACGAAAUCCUGCGGAGUGCUUAUCAUGACAAGCAAGGCGUCACAGAAGCAUUUAUUAGAAAUGGUAUGAGUCAUGCUCUUCGUAUUCUUGGCCAUGAACCGGCGACAGCCGAAGAGCUUUCGUCGGUUUAUGAAGUGGAAAUAAACCAGCAACUUAAGCAGGUUGAGAUGUAUCUCAGGUUUCCCCAAGGCUUUGCAGUCCCUAAGCAUGGAAUCCACAUAAGACCGGGAGAGAGAGUGUUGAUGGAGAUCUCGAGGAAAUUUACUCGUGAGUCUAUCCAUAAGAUGACUGAAAAUGCAGGGUUCCAUCUACAGUCGGCAUGGCACAACCAGAUCUACGGCUGUCAAAUGCUGCUGGAUGAAUAUGAAGCCAUCACUCAGUGCUGGCAGGAUACCGACGUUUUGUUCGAGGGUAUACCGGAUUGGAGUUCGAAACCCAUCGAUACCCGACAUCCAUUCUGCUUCUACUAUGGUCACCUCCCUGCUUUCGCAAAGCUAAAAAUAUUCGCGGACGAGCCUGCUCAAGACAUGGACAUCAUGUUUUCAAGAGGGAUUGACCCAUUUAUCCUCGACACUUCUCAAUGCCAUAAUCAUCCCAAAACCCCAGCUGAGUGGCCUUCCCGAGAUCAAAUCGUCGCCUAUGCCAGUGCCACGAGAAAGAAGAUUUUGAAUGCUCUUCACGCAGGACAGUUCAAAGGGAACCAUAAGCUCAUCACCUUUGUCAUGGAGCACGAGCGGAUGCACCAGGAAACGCUGGCCUACAUGAUGACGCAGGAGAGGAAAGCUGCCUUCGAGAAGGCCGUGUCGGUUGUGACUGCUUCACAGCUGCCGCCCAUUCAUAUCAGCUCGAUCGAACCCCCUUCUACCAUGUCCAUCAUCAACGCUUUGGCCAAAUCCAAAAUGGUAACCAUCGAAGCGGGUCCGGUGGUUCUGGGAUCCUAUCCGAAAGAAACUGGAUUCCUGUGGGACAAUGAGUACCCUCAAUAUAGCACCAGUACGUCGAGCACUUUUUGGGUCAGUAGCAGACCCGUUUCCAUCGGGGAAUUUCACAGGUUUGUCAAAGAAGGAGGGUACGAGAACGAGAAACUAUGGGAUGCUGAAGACUUUGUUCACUUCCAGGAGAAUGGCUACAAGUAUCCAGCGUCGUGGUCUCUCGUGGAGAAGGAAUUUUUCGUACACGAGUAUCAAUCCACCAAUCACUGGUCCAGGGUCGCAAAUCACCCGGUGUUUGUCAGUCUUUCCGAGGCGGAAGCUUUCUGCAAGUGGUUGGGAUGCAGAGUAUUCUCGGAAGCAGAGUAUCAACGGGUGCUGGAUGUGGAUCCUGCUGCAGAGCUGGUCCAGCAAAUGAGAGUCGGUGGAUACGAGUGGACGAGCACGCCAUUCCAAGGAUUUCCGGGAUUCGAGCCCAUGCCAGAGUAUCCUGAAUACUCCACAGAUUUCUUCGACGGCAGGCAUUUUGUGCUCAAAGGAUCGUCGCCUGUCACUCAUCCCUCAAUGAAACGGGAUUCCUUUCGAAAUUACUUCCAGAAGCAAUAUCGCUACGCUUUCGCCAAAUUCAGAUGCAGCCGAUAGUUCGCUGAGCGCUGUGAAGAUUUUUUAUUUUUUAAGCUCCACUUCGAAAGAGGACCAGGCGACCACUACGGUAGUAUAGAACCGUAGACGGAGAGACAGCUGUAUAGAGAAACAGUAUCACUGUCAAGUGUGAAAUGUUUCAGAGCCAGAAUUAUGUGCAGAGUCGGACCCUUUAUGGAAUCAAAGCUGUCGAUAUG